AUGUUGAAGAAGGUUCCUAUACACAAUCCUUCUGAUUUGUCAUGUGUGCAGAAAAAAACCAACUGUUGCUCGAUGUGUAAAUCAAGACGUCAUGUUAUAUGUAAUAACUGCCAGUACAAUGCAUCAAACUUAAAAUCUAUAAACGAUGACGAUGACUAUGUUCCUGAAAAAGAAUGUGCUCCUAACAGUAAGAAAGAAAUAUUAUACAGCCAAUCUGGAGUUAGUCGUCGGGAUAUGUCUAGUGGCGAUCAUUCCAGAUCUGUUGAACCUUAUAAAAGUAUUGCAAUUAGCAAUAACAGACUGAUUAAGACUGAACCUGCGUCGAUGACUAAGGGAUGUUCAAAAUGUGAACCUGAGACAACGGUGAUAUACAAAAAUGAGAAAUUUCACGCCGACCGUUCCAAUAUAACUUCAGAUUAUGUCUCUCCUAUAUAUGAAUUUACAAAAGAACCGAACUACGAAAGUAUUGCCAGACCUGUUGUGUGCCCCAUAACAAGUUGUGGUAAAAUGGUGACAAUUGACUCGUUUUCUCAACAUUUCAACUUUGACCAUUCUAAAGUUCCAAAAUUGAUAUUAAAUAAAAGUGCAACCCAAGAAGUUUUAAUAAACUAUUCAGCGUUGUCUGAAGAAACGAAAUGCGUAGCAACCUUCGUGACAUCGCGUGAUAAAAGAUCAAGUCAUACAGCUUUACGUCGCAUAACAUCACAUACAAAUAUUCAUAAUUUCAAUAAGGACUGCGAUUUACUAUUGCUGAUGGUUGUAAAAAUGGAGACCACACCUACAAAAUUUUGUAUUCGAAAGUGUAAUUCAAGAAAUUCUGUUGACAGAAGUUACGCACUGAUCAAUGAUAUUCCAAAACGAAAUAUGCAGGAUCAAUCAUCUGUGAGCAAAAGUCAAUCUGAAAAUAAAAUCCGUGUAAAUAAAGGUAUCAAUAAAGACGAGGACGAAGUUAUAUUACUGUGGUUGUGCAGACUUAAGGAUAAAACCACAGUUUACACGAUAAAUGUAUCGAGAGAAGACAACCAACAGGGCUAUAGUUACAUUGGCGACGCUGUCCAUAUUAGAAACGAACAAGAUCCCAUUUCUAUUUACAACAGCACAGAAUGCCUUUCAUUACGGGGAACAGCUAUCAAAAAAUUAGUUACGGCCGAGAGAGAAUUGAAAGUUAAAGUUAGUACUGUGCAAUAA